UGGCAUAUGAACACUUGCAUGAGAUGAUAAACGAUCUCUUUCAGUUUAACCAGAAAUCCUUGAUUCAAAUUCAGCCAUGCGAAUACAGUGUUAAAUUUCUUGAGAGAGAGUUUCACCACUCCUCGCAGUCCCACCCAACUCGAGGGAUUAGUCACUGCAAUUGUGCGCAAAGGAUAUCCGGUUCACAACAACAAAACAAACACGUUCUCCGUGUAAGAGAACUCACAAAAACAACAAUGGAGAACCAGGAGAGCAGUAUGAGAGGCUCAAGAUGGUCUCUCAAGGGAACUACUGCUCUAGUUACUGGUGGAACUCGUGGAAUCGGUCAUGCUGUGGUGGAGGAACUAGCUGAGUUUGGUGCCACAGUGUUCACUUGCUCUAGGAAUGAAGAAGAGCUGAAUAAAUGCUUAAAUGAGUGGAAAGAGAAGGGUUUUUCUGUCUAUGGAUCGGUUUGUGAUGCUUCUUCUCCUUCUCAAAGAGAGGAGCUUAUUCGACAAGUUGCUUCUGCUUUCAACGGCAAGCUCAACAUACUUGUAAACAAUGCUGGUACAAAUGUGAGGAAGCCAACAAUUGAGUAUACAGCCGAAGAUUAUUCAAAAGUGAUGACUACUAACUUGGAUUCUGCAUACCAUCUAUGUCAACUAGCAUAUCCUCUUCUUAAAGAAUCUGGAAAUGGAAGCAUUGUGUUCAUUUCCUCUGUUGCAUCUCUAAUAAGUGUAGGUACUGGAAGCAUCUAUGCAGUGAGUAAAGCCGCGAUCAAUCAGCUAACAAAGAAUCUUGCUUGUGAAUGGGCAAAAGACAAUAUAAGGAGCAACUGUGUUGCACCGUGGUAUACAAAAACAUCGCUUGUGGAACAGUUUAUUGCUAACAAAGAGUUUGUGGAUGAAGUAUUAUCUCGAACACCGAUAAAACGGAUAGCAGAAACACAUGAAGUGUCUGCCUUGGUGACUUUCCUUUGCCUGCCAGCUGCUUCCUACAUCACUGGACAAACUGUUUCCGUUGACGGAGGAUUUACCGUAAAUGGAUUUUCUGGGUUGUUUAAAUAACACAAUGGCAUUUCAUCAAAUUCUAGUUAGAGGAUCUGUCAAAAACAAGGGCCUGGUUCUCAUUUUACCAUUUAUCAUUGUUUUCUAAAUGUUAGUACUGAUUAUAUUUAUGAACUAUGACUUAUCUAGGAAGGAAUAUAGGGAAAAGGCACCAUUUCAUAUCAAUUGCAAAUUCUAAAAAUGUUCUAUUCUUAUGGAUGAAGCCCAAUUUUCAUUUUUA